GACCAGUCUCUCUGUUAGAAGAAAAUGAAUUGCUUAUGCAUGCUCUUUUCAUUCACAGCAAUGCCAGAUUCAUGUGUUUUAUAGUCUGUACAAAUUAUCAUUUCUUCCUUUCAUCAGCUACCUGGAGAAGUUUUACAUUAACUGUCAGGUCAUUUUACUGAUUAUUUGCAACAGAAUGCGUCCUACUCUACAUCUAGCAUUUGCAUUCAUUCUGUACUGGGUAUCAUCAGUGAUGGUUGCAGCUUUAAGUGGUCCAAAUGUUUGCACAGAGCAUCAAAUGUACAAAGAACCUUACAGAAUGUCCUAUGUGAAAACGCAGCUAACCAGAUACUUUACAUGGUGCUUUGCCAUACCACCUAGAUGUACUAAAUACAGGGUGAUCUCAUAUGCUGCCUACAAAACUGAUUAUCGGACAAAAGUGAAAAGCUAUGAAGUGUGCUGCAGUGGUUAUAUUGAAUAUCGUGGCACUUGCAUUCCCAAGUGUACUAAUGAUUGUAAAAAUGGAGGAACUUGCACUGGUCCCGAAAGAUGCUCUUGCACGGCUGGAUGGACUGGAUUAACGUGUGAAACAGAAUGCCCUACUGGAUUGUAUGGCUUAAACUGUGCAAUUGCUUGCGACUGCAAGAAUGAUGCUCUGUGCGAUAGAUUUUCAGGCGAAUGCUAUUGCAAGCCAGGUUGGAAAGGUAUUUACUGUGACGUUCCGUGUGAAAAAGGAAGGUAUGGCUCAUACUGCUUUAAAAAAUGUGACUGUGUAAAUGGUGGCGAGUGCAGUCCAUUGGACGGUUCAUGCAAAUGUCCCGCAGGUUACCAAGGAAAUAAAUGUCAGGACGAAUGUCCUCCUGGCUCCUGGGGACUUAACUGUUCUCAGACGUGCUUGUGUCAAAAUGGAGCCACUUGUCUUCCUAUUUCUGGACAAUGUUUGUGUACUGCAGGUUGGAAAUCAGUUAGCUGUAAUGUCCCUUGCGAUAACGGAACAUAUGGGAAGGACUGCAAGCAGCAAUGUGUCUGUGAAAAUAAUGCUUUAUGCAGUUAUAUUGAUGGUUCAUGCAACUGCACUUCAGGUUAUAAAGGAGAAAAAUGUGAUGAAGUUUGCGAUAAUGGAAAUUGGGGCUUUCAGUGUUCUCAACCAUGCUUUUGCGAGAACAGUGCAGAAUGUGAUCCUGUAACAGGAACUUGUAUAUGUCCUCCUGGUUUUAUAGGUCAAACCUGUGAAGGACGCUGUCCUUACGAUACAUUUGGUCCAGGAUGCAAUCGCUCCUGUUUCUGUUUCAACGGUGCUGAGUGCAAUCCGUUUGAUGGGAAAUGUAAAUGCCAUCCUGGUUAUAAAGGUGACUAUUGCGAGGAAAUGUGUGAGAUUGGAUAUUAUGGUCUUAAUUGUAAUGAAGUAUGUCCUUGUAAUGUAGAAACUACAGCGAAUUGUGAUUUCAUCACUGGAAAUUGUACAUGUUUUACGGGGUGGACAGGAGAAUUAUGUGACAUCAAAUGCAGUAACGGCAGCUGGGGAGUUAUGUGUAAGAACAUGUGUACUUGUGCUGAAGGUAUUUCCUGUCAUCAUAUGACUGGAAAGUGCAUGUGCGAUCCUGGAUGGACGGGGUCGGACUGUAUGGAAAAAUGCCCCUUUGGAACUUUUGGAAAGAUGUGCGAAGAGAUUUGCCCAUACUGUGCAGCAAACAGCAUUUGUCAUCAUAUAACAGGAAUGUGUGACUGCCCACGAGGUUGUAAGGCAUCCCAUCGCAGAGAAGAUGUUAUGUUCGGAGUGCCUUGCCACUACAAGUGCAAAUGCUAUAAUGGAGGAACUUGCCAAACAGCUUCCGGGCUCUGCAAGUGUCCGCCUGGGUUUACUGAACCUCUGUGUACUGAUGGUACGUUUGAAUUUGCAAACCAAGCAGCACGGCAGAUCUUUCAAAUUUCGACAACGUUUUACACCAUACUGAUUUUUACAACUCUCUUCACACUUUUAGUUUUUUGUAUUCUAAAAAAGAAAAAGAAAUUGAAGAUCAACUGGAAGUUAUUUCCACAUUAUGCUGAAUUUUACAAUAACACUUCAGGUAUUGAGAAUCCUUCAUAUGGGACGGCGUGUAAUUCUGAUCUACCGGCAUCACACAACGCUGAAAAUAUUUAUGAAGAGAUUGAAAUGAAAAUUAGAGAAGUUCCGAAUUCGAAAGGCAUUUUUGAAGACCCAGGUUCUGAAAAUGAUCAUAUAAAGUGGACCUUUAAUGCAACAGAAGCAGACUUAAAAGCAGAAAUAUCUAGUGAACUGAAAACACAAAAUGUUGCAGAAAAAACUGACAUCUAUGAAAAUGAUAUGACAUCCCAAGGAAAAGGAUCUCAGUCUGUGCCUAGUAAAAUAAGCAUGCAUGUAAAUGAAGGAGACGGAGACUUAAAGUCAGAUGAAACUUCAUUCGAAAUGUAUGAUAUCCCCCGCAAACUGAACACAAGUAUUUAUGAAAACUGUUGAAGAUUUGCGAGUGGAUACAGAUGAAGGGAAAAUAAGAACUGAGAAACUGAUCCAAAUUUAUCCGUGUUUCAAAGGAAUAAUAAUUCAAAAAUUUCGAUUGAAAUAACAUAUAUUGAUGAAGUUAGAUUAAAACUCUUUAUUGCUUUUCUAGGUUGAGAAAUCCUAACGCGUAUUUAAAAUCUGAUUUCCUUAAAAUGCAAGCAUAGCAUGGUGUAAGCAAAGGUGCGAGAUUUUUGUUCGGUAUUAAUGUAAGACAUCUUAGAUUUGUCAUAAAUAAAAUUUUACAUUUCACUAAAAUUUUACUAUUACUAUAGUAAUAGUUUAUAAAUAAAACUUUACUAUUAAUUCAUUAAUACAUGAA